AUGGGUUGGGAAGAUCUACCAACUAUUUUAUUAGAAGAUAUCUUCAGUUUUCUUUCACUCUCUUAUCGAUAUAAUUGUUCUCAAGUUUGUCGAUCAUGGUAUGAAACAUUUCAUUCACCUGUUAUUUGGUAUACACUUACAUUUGAUGGUAUAUUAUUUACACGUAAAAGAUUUCAUUUCUAUCGUGGUAUGGAACGUAUUUUUAAUCCAUAUCGUACUCAAUUUUAUUUAUCACGUAAAGGUGAACAUUUAAGACGAUUAAUAAUUAAACCGAUUAUUGAAUAUAAUAAUAUGUGUGAUUUUCUUAAUAUGUUAACUAAUUUUAUUAACUAUCGUGAUCAUAAUAAUUAUCCAUUUCGAUAUCUUGAAGAAUUUUCAUUUACAUUUUAUGUUUUAAUAUCUUAUGAUAAUGAUUUAAAUAAUCAAAAUGCAUUUAUGAAUCAUUAUUAUCAAGAAUCAAAUGUAUUUAUACGUGGUAAAAAACGUUAUUAUGGUACAGGUGGUGUUAUUUUACAAACAUUACGUCGUUUUAUAUCAUCGAUACGUUGUUUAAAACGUUUUCAUUUAAAUAAUCUUUUUCUUGGAUCAGAUUCUGAUAUAGGUGCAUGUUUAGAUGAACUUAUUGAACAUUCAUGUGAAACACUUCAGUAUAUUGAAAUACUUAAUUAUACAUCACAUACUAUACCAUUGUACAUCGUUGGAUUAUUUUCAAAUUUAAAUACAAUAUCAAUUAGUUCGCAUUCAUUGGAUGAAAAUGUUUUACUUCUGUUUGCUAACCAUUUAAUUCAUUUAUAUCGUUUAAAUAUUGUACAAGAUGAAUUAACUACACCGUGUCGAUAUCCAGAUACAGUUUGGAGUGAAAUUGAAAUUAUUUUACGUGAAAAUAAAAGACAAUGGUUUAUUCAAAUGAUUACACAAGGAAAAUGUAAAUGUGAACCAUAUUGGCCUGGAAGUCCAGCACCUGUACGUGCUAUUGUUUAUAAUACAUGCUCAAUUAAAGUUGAUAAAACAUCGAUUUAUACUUGUAUGGAACAAUAUAAGACUACGUUGGAAACUUAUGCUCAUCUAAAAUCAAUGUGUCGAGUUUAUGUACCACGUUCAUUUUUAGAACGUGCUGAUACAGCUUAUAUAGGUGUUGUAAAAACAUUUCGAUAUUUACAUACAAUAGCAAUUAAAGAACGAAUUUCAACAGCAACUUGUCUUCUUAUAGCUUAUUAUGGUACGAGAAAUAAUCUUAAACAAUUUUAUCUUCGUCGUAAUUGUGUUAUUUUACGAAAUGAAUAUCGUAAAUAUUUAUUUAAUGAAAACGGUGAUAAUAAUGAAUUUAUACAUAUAUGGUUAGAAAAAAAUUGUCGACAAUAUAAUCAAGUAGAAGAUGCUGUAACAAUAUUAUUUGGACGACAAUGGAAAAUGCUCACUGAUUGGGAAUAUAAUCAAAUUCGUGUUUGA